CACGAAAAUGGAUGUGUACAAUUUUUGUUGUAUUGCAAAUGUAUUAAGGACAUAAGAAUUUUGCUUGAAUAGUGUUAGUUUAUUGUUUAACAAUAACAAUAACGGAAAUGGUAAGCGAUAAAUGAGGUGUUGUGCCGUGGUGGCGCGGUGAUGUCGGCAUGGGGGCGGUGCUGCCGCUGGCGCUGGCGGCCGUGCUCGCGGCGGUGAGCGGCGCGCGCGCACUGCCCGCCGACACCAAGCCCCCCGCGACUCUCACGACCCCCAGCACCUCCCACACCGCGCCCCCCUCGCCCCCCGCGCUGCGCGCUCAGCCACUCUUAGAAGAAGAAGAGGAUCAGCCUCACCUCGACUACUACGAUGAAGACCGCAUUAAUAUAUCCCAGAAGGGCAUGUACUUGGGCUCGCCGUGUGAGUCCUCGUGCAGCUCGAAAUUGGUGCACGUGUACUGCGAGCCGUCCACGCUCUCCUGCCAGUGCGACCCUAAGCACCCGGUUGCUCUCGGCCCCGCCAAGGGCUGUGCCAGGCCGAAGAAGCUCGGCGAGCAAUGCUUCUACCGGGCGACGUGCCGCGCGUUCGACCCGCACGCGUCCUGCGUCCAGGUCAACCACAACGCGUACUGCCAGUGCGAGCCCGGCUACCACAGCACCACGCACACGCGCCCUGUGCCGCGCAACUUCUGCACAGAAGAUAUGGUGGUGCUGACGGCGGACAUGCCCACGCUGCUGGGCGUGGCGUCGGGCAUCUUCGUGCUGGCGGGGCUGCUCUGCAUGGUGCUGCACCUGUACACGCGCGCCCGCUAUCACCCCACGCACCUCGCCGACGCCCGCCUCACGCCGCCCUGUCUGUACUCGCUCAACGAUACCGGGGGCACACUGAGCGCGACGCGCGCCUCGUCUCGCGCGUCGUCGCGCAGCGGCUGCACGAGCGGCUGCACGUCGGGCACGCUGGAGGGCGGGCGCGGGCGCGGGGCGGGCGCGUCGCGCGCAGGUUCGCGACGUCCAAGUCUGAAUUCGGUGCAGAGCAGCUCGUCGUCCAUCAGGAGCUACAGCGCGAAGCGUUGGGAGCGCGAGCGCGAGCAGAAGGAGCGGCGGCAGAUGAGCAUGCGGCUCGCGCAGCUGCACGACAAGAUGGCCGCCGGCCGCGAGCCGCCGCGCCUCGCGCCCACGCCCUCGCCGCGCUCCCCCAACAACUCCACUGACGGCCUGCUGCCUGCCGUUUGUGAAAUUAGAGAAUUAAUAACAAAUUCGGAUCAACAACUACAGGGGGUAGACGGGCCGUGUUCGAGCACGUCGCUUUACUGACACCAGCCGCGGGGAACGACCAGCCGAAGGUCCUUAGAUUCCCUCUCCUCUGACGGCGCCCCCGCCCUCGCCUGGAUGUAGUCACAAGAACGGAACGAACGAAAGAACUAUAGUUCUCGUUGGACUCGAACGAAUGAACUGAGCUGUGAACUGAACUAUUUGAUAGAAGGUAUUGUGAGAAACAUUUUACAAGUGAUGUAGUGUUUGAUAAAAGACUUUUUUGUAAGCUCGCAGUCGGUAUUAUGAGGUUUAACGGAUUCUGAGCAAACUCGUUCUUCUACGUUCUAUAUAUUGUAUCUUACAGUGCUAAGAGAAACACAAGAAUACUGUUAUAUUUCUUAAAGAUAUCAUAAUUGAUUCAUUAAUUGAGAAUAUACAAUUGGGGGUAUGUCAAAGAGGUUUUAAACAGAAUUUUAGUAUUUAAAAUGUUAAAAACGACUAUACCCCCAAUAGUAUAUCAUAUAAGUAUAGAUCACAACCCCAAAAACCCUUAAACAGAAACACCAUAUCGAAUUAAAACGAUAAUAAUGUAACUAGAUAUUUGAAUAUAACGCCGCGGCCUGUGUUGCUACAUUAAAAUUAAAUUGUUCAAGGUAUUGCCAAUAAGAAACGAUAUUUUUUAUGUUUCAAUGACCGGAAUUAAUGUAUUUUUAAAACAAAAACGAAAUUUUUAACAACGUUUGUGGCGAAGUAAAAUAUUUUUAAUUCUCGUGACACUGGUCGCUGUGUCUAACAAUAGUUAACAAUUUAAUAUUGAAACUGAUUUUACCAAUAAAUAUAAAGUAUUUUUAAUGGAAAGCUUGGAAGCUACUAGAAGAAGCACUGUGGAGUUUGUUUAAACACUAUUAAAGAUUUAAAACGCUUGGAUAAAAAUAAUAAAGGCCUCUGUAACUUAGAUAUUUGUUAGAUGAUUUAAGAUUACCGUCCUAUUUCAAGCUCAUAGAGUGUGGUUUUGAUUGUUUGUCAUGAAUACUGAUGGUCACGUGACUUUUUGCCGCCGUAUUUAUUUUACCGCGACAGAAUCAGUCAGAAGUGAAAUCUGGUAUCAACAUGCCAUAAGAAUACAAUGAACAGUCUUUAAUAGUGUUUAAUCUAACAAUUCUGCCGACCCUUAACUGGGAGUGUUAGAUAUAGGAUAAUUAUAAUAUGUGUAUGGAAUAAGAUUAAUAUUUGUUGAAAGUUUUAAUUAUAGUAUAUUUUAUUUACUUAAAAUAACGUUAAAUUUGUUGUCGUAAACCACAUAAAUACUUCUUGUAUCAAAUUAAAUUAGUUGUACAAAAUUAUUUUGAAAUAAAAUACAUACUUAAUGAUCGGAGUUGAUUGGAAAAAUAAAUCAUUUGAUUAAAUUACAUAAAUUCAAAGAAUUUUUUCUACUAAGCUUGUAUCGGAAUAUUUUAAUUAGUUGAACAUUUGAUGCAAGAAGUGUAAUGUAAUGGGCCUCAUUAAAAAUUAAUUGUCCCGCAACGCGUAGAUGGUAAACUGCAGAGGUGUUGCUGAGAAAUGCAUUGUAAAGUUACGUUGGCAGCGUACUGAGUUUAGUGAAAUAUUUAAAUGAAUUGGUACCUGUUCUCAUCGUGGCUUCUGAAAAUAAACGUGUUUCAAUAUAAAACAGUAUUUCAUUUUAAUAAA